CCAGGAAAAACCCUGUUGGACGCUAUGUUUCCAUAAAUCAAAGGAGACGGGAGGUUGGUGAGAAUGUCGGCCCUAAACUGGAAGCCAUUUGUGUACGGAGGGCUGGCCUCCAUCACGGCCGAGUGUGGUACAUUUCCAAUUGAUUUAACUAAGACACGUCUCCAGAUUCAAGGCCAGACCAACGAUGCAAACUUUAAAGAAAUUAGGUAUCGUGGAAUGUUGCACGCGUUAGUGAGGAUAGGCAGAGAAGAAGGGCUGAAAGCACUGUAUUCAGGAAUUGCCCCAGCAAUGCUGCGCCAGGCUUCUUACGGCACAAUCAAGAUAGGCACUUACCAGAGCUUGAAGCGAUUAUUUGUUGAACGGCCAGAAGAUGAAACCCUACUGAUAAAUGUCAUAUGUGGAAUUCUCUCUGGAGUCAUAUCCUCAACCAUUGCCAAUCCAACUGAUGUUUUGAAAAUACGAAUGCAAGCUCAGAGCAGUACCAUUCAAGGAGGAAUGAUAGGCAACUUCAUGAACAUCUACCAGCAAGAGGGAACAAGAGGACUGUGGAAGGGUGUGUCCCUUACUGCUCAGAGAGCUGCGAUUGUUGUUGGCGUGGAGCUGCCUGUCUAUGACAUCACCAAAAAGCAUCUGAUUCUCUCUGGACUGAUGGGAGACACUGUAUAUACCCACUUCCUCUCAAGUUUCACCUGUGGCCUGGCGGGGGCCCUGGCCUCAAACCCUGUUGAUGUUGUGAGAACACGUAUGAUGAAUCAGAGAGUCCUCCGAGAUGGCAGAUGCUCUGGUUACACUGGGACCCUGGAUUGUUUAUUACAGACAUGGAAGAAUGAAGGUUUUUUUGCUCUAUAUAAAGGGUUUUGGCCAAACUGGUUAAGACUUGGUCCUUGGAAUAUCAUUUUCUUUGUGACAUACGAGCAGUUGAAGAAAUUGGACUUGUGAAAAGCCACAGGCUGCAUGAGAUACCCUCUGAAAAUGCUGAAAUGCUACCUUCCAAAACAGUACAGCUUCCUCUGUUUCAUGCUGCUUCUCACUGCUUGGGUCAUCACAGAUUCCUGGGUGUGAGCAACAGGUGAUGACUGGGUUAGUACAGAUUGCUAUGUUGGCUGGCAUUGGUUGAGCCUCAUCAAAUGUUUCAUGACAUAAAUUGCAACAUCCAAACACUAUUCCUUACCAUUGAAGUGCCCUUGGACAUCAAAGAUAACAUUCAAAAUGCAUGUUUCUGCUUAAGAAACCUUGCAAGAAAAUCAGGAACUGUGGAUGGUGUCUUCAGGGGAGAGUAGCUCCUGAUCCAUCCAGAUGCGUGGUGAAGACUCUCAGACUGCUCUGAAGAAGCUCAUCAGAACCAUAGAUUGGAGCCUCCGAGAGAGUAUUGCUGUUCUGAACUUCUGGGGACUUUGCUUCUUCUCCACUGAAGAAAUGCUAGGCGUGGAGACCUGGACU